AUGGCUGACAAUGAACACAAAGAGAUAAUUAUGUUAGGGGACUUAAACACAAAUUUUCAAGAUAAACAUUCUUAUCAACAACUUCAUGUUCUAACAUCUCAGUAUCAGCUUAAACAACUUAUUGAUGCAGUUACCAGGCCAAUAUUAGGUAAAACAAUUGACCUUAUCUUUACCUCUAAGGAAGAUAAUGUUAUUAAAUCAGGCGUGCUAGAUAUUGGGAUGAGUGACCAUUUGCCAAUUUUUAUCUCUAGAAAAAUUAAUUCCAGGAUCUCAAUUAAACAAGGUUUACAUACAACGAUUAGUUAUCGCAGGAAGAAAGAUUUUAUUGCCAGUGAUUUUGACAAUGACCUUGUUGAAGAAAUCCCGUUAAGCCUUUAUGAAAUCUUUGAUGAUCCAAACGAUCUAUUAGACUGUUGGUACUCUCACUUUAUGAAAAUUUUGGAUAGGCAUGCACAUUUAAUAAAACGUAGAGUCAGAAAUAAUAAACUGCCGGGGUGGUUUAAUUCUGAAGUACGUUGCUUUAGCCGCAAAAGAGACUUUUUCUUAAAGCAAUUUCUAAAAACCAAAAACUUUGACACAUGGUGUACCUACAAAAAAUGGAGAAAUAGAACUGUUCAUAUUAUUAAAAAGUCAAAAGAGGACUACUAUAAGAACCUCCUGACUGAUAAUGUACAUAAUCCACGACAAUUAUGGAAAAUUCUAAAAGAUAUCUUGCCGACCAAUGACACUGUCUCCCAAAUAACACUUAACCUUAAUGGCAAGGAGAUCAGUGAUCCUAUCGAGGUUGGCGAUCUCUUUAAUGAAUACUUCUCCUCUAUUGCAGACAACUUUGAUAUCAGUUUACUAAACAACCCAAUUAAUACUCAUUUACCAAUUGCAACAAAUCAUAUUAAGUUUACAAUUCCACUGAUAACAAGCGCGCCAUGA